CUUCGCGAUUGAAUAGAAGACUAGAAGAACAUUGAGAAAAGUUGAUUAGGAUGGUGGAUGAAGUAAAACCAACAUGGCGGCCUAUACCUGAUUAUGCUCAUGCGAGAGUUGGAAGUACCGAGAGAUUAUCUGAUGAUUGACAUUUACCACCUGUUGUUGAGUCUUUGUAGGGACGCGUCGACUGCAGAUACGCGAAAUACAAUCUCACAGUUUUGCUCACAACAGGCGGCAGAUGUAUGUUCCCUGCACUGCGGAAGCGUUGCGCGGCUUCGGAGCUACCCCACCAUGACGUCCAGUCGGCACAUCAAUGAACAAGAAACAUUUCGAGAGCCUUUCGGUGUCAUUCUCUAGUCAACAGCAAGCCUGCGCAUCCAAAUCCUGAGAAUGGCACUCCCGAAUGAGCAUCGAAAUGGGAACGUUGAUUCUUCAACGAAAGGCAUGUAUCGGGCUUCACCAGCCAAAUUGAUGAUGUACGGGAGAGGAACGAGCAACCAACUGUCAGAUGUCAUUGCAGAGCUUGGGGGGACAAAAGCCUUCAUCGUGACCGGGCGAUCCUUGAAUGAGAAGACGCCAGUCAUCAGGAACAUUGAAAAGAGCCUUGGAUCCAAGCACGGAGGAACUUUCAGCAAGAUCGGACAGCAUGCCCCCAUCCAGGGAAUACGGGAAGCCACGGAGUCAAUGUCGAAAUCAGGGUGUGAUAUUCUCAUCUCGGUAGGGGGUGGAUCGCCAAUAGACUCGGCGAAGGCAAUCGCACAUAACAUCCAUGAGAAAACAGGGAAAUGGAUUCCUAGCAUUGCCGUUCCGACAACAUUGAGUGUAGCAGAAACAACACAGAAUGCUGGCUUCACUAAUGACGACGGCCAUAAGAUUGCAGUUAGCGAUCCAGAAAUGGUUCCCAAAGCCGUUGUCUACGAUGGCGAUAUCGCUAUAUACACACCGAUGAGCUUAUGGACAAGCACAGGGAUGCGCUCUCUAGACCAUGCCGUUGAGCUGGUAUACCAUCCUCUUGCCUCGGAGGUGCCCACAAAGCGCCUGUGUCUGGAAGCCAUCAAGGACCUCUUCACCUAUCUGCCACAGUCAAAGGCAAACCCGGACGAUGCAGACAUCCGCACAAAGUUGUUUCUUGCAUGCUACUCAUCACUCUUUCCGUUCCUGUUCAAGGGCGGUGUUGGGCUUAGUCACAGCAUUGGUCAUGCGAUUGGAGCUUCGUACAGCAUCCCGCACGGUAUGACGAGCUGUUUGAGUCUGGCGCCAGUGGUUCACUUCAAAGCGAGCAACCCGGACGAGGCGACACAGAUUGCAAGAAUCAUCCCGUACAUUGGGAAGCAGAGCACUGGCAGCAACGAGAAGGACUCGCACGUCGUGGCGGACGCCAUAGCGGAGUUUGUCGUGAAACUCGGACUCAACACAACACUGACAGCUUACAAUGUACCGACCGGUGAUGCUGAAGAAGAAGCGAUCGCUUCUCGAGCUUUGCAUGGAAAGGACCACAAAGAUUUCGCAACUUUAAAGCAAUUGGUGCACAGUAUGUACUAAGGCGGUUGACUUUGGGUUUGCAUAUACACAUCGGAAGUACUUUUCAAAGAAGACGUGGAUACGUCCUGGAACGAGAUAGACUCAGCGUCAUUGUCAUGAACUAUAGAUCAGAAUCUUGUCGUCCUUGCAACCUCGGACUUUGUCAUCGUAUCGGCGUUCAUCUCCGCCUGAUGUCACGAUCCACCGGUUGGACUAAUUGAUACUGGCAUCAACCCAAUGAUUACAUCCGAUCACUUUCCACAGACUUUCCGGAGUCGGCAUUACAACAAGCAUUCGCUGAGGGGUCCGAAGUAUACCGAC